AACGAGACUGAAGAAGAGAGCGAGGUGGGAGGGGCGCGUGAGGAAGCUUCUGCGCAUGCGCGCUGAGGCCUGCCUGACCGACCUUCAGCAGGGCUGCGGCUACCAUGUUCUCCCGCGCGGGCGUAACUGGGCUGUCGGCCUGGACCUUGCAGCCUCAAUGGAUUCAAGUUCGAAAUAUGGCAACUUUGAAAGACAUUACCAGGAGACUAAAGUCCAUCAAAAACAUCCAGAAAAUUACCAAGUCUAUGAAAAUGGUAGCAGCAGCAAAAUAUGCCCGAGCUGAGAGAGAGCUGAAACCAGCUCGAAUAUAUGGAUUGGGAUCUUUGGCUUUGUAUGAAAAAGCUGAUAUCAAGGUUCCUGAAGACAAGAAGAAACACCUCCUUAUUGGUGUGUCCUCAGAUCGAGGACUGUGCGGUGCUAUCCAUUCCUCCGUUGCGAAACAGAUGAAAAGUGAGGUUGCCACACUAACAGCAGCUGGGAAAGAAGUCAUGCUUGUUGGAAUUGGUGACAAAAUCAGAGGCAUACUUUAUAGGACUCAUUCUGACCAGUUUCUGGUGGCAUUCAAAGAAGUGGGAAGAAAGCCCCCCACUUUUGGAGAUGCGUCAGUCAUUGCCCUUGAAUUACUAAAUUCUGGAUAUGAAUUUGAUGAAGGCUCCAUCAUCUUUAAUCGAUUCAGGUCUGUCAUCUCCUAUAAGACAGAAGAAAAGCCCAUCUUUUCCCUUAAUACCAUUGCAAGUGCUGAGAGCAUGAGUAUCUACGAUGAUAUUGAUGCUGAUGUGCUACAAAAUUACCAAGAAUACAAUCUGGCCAACAUCAUCUACUACUCUCUGAAGGAGUCCAGCACUAGUGAGCAGAGUGCCCGGAUGACAGCCAUGGACAAUGCCAGCAAGAAUGCUUCUGAGAUGAUUGACAAAUUGACAUUGACAUUCAACCGUACCCGCCAAGCUGUCAUCACAAAAGAGUUGAUUGAAAUUAUCUCUGGUGCUGCGGCUCUGGAUUAAUGAAAAUCAAGCUCCAUCCUCAGACAAGAGGUAAAGAAGGAAAAUCCAGCCAGUUGAUUUUGUUUUUAGCAUACUGCUGUCUUUGUCCGAAGAAACUGUUCCUCCAUUAUUUGAAUUACUGAAGACAGCAAGAUAUUUGUAAAUUAUCUUACAAUAAACAACUUAAAAUAAAA